AUGAAGGCUGCGCCGCUGCGCACAGAUAAAUCCUCAGCAGAUUAUGAAAGCUCUGCAAUGGCUCCAGACCAGAAUGAGCCCCUGGCCGUCGAAUACCCUGAUGGGGGGACGAAGGCUUGGACGGCAGUAUUCGGCUGCUUCUGUGCAUUCUUUGGGGCAUUGUCUAUGAUGAACUCCAUUGGCGUCUAUCAAAAUUGGUUAUCGACCCAUCAGCUUGAAGGAUACAGCUCGGGAAGUACAGGAUGGAUAUUCGGCCUCUACAAUUUCUUGAGCUUCUUCACAGGAAUCCUCAUCGGUCCUCUUUUUGACACCAAGGGUCCAAAGCCGCUCUCAAUCAGUGGUUCUAUCCUACUCCUGUUGACUUAUGUCCUUCUGGGGUGGUGCAGCAAGUAUUGGCAUUUCAUGUUGUGCUUUGGUAUUCUGGGAAGCUUUUCGACCUGCCUCCUCUUCACCGCAGCCAUGGGAACUGUGCAGCACUGGUUCUUGAAGCGUCGGCGGCAUCACGACACCAUUAGUUUUGAGCGCCUUGCUUCCAAGAAUCGGGUUCGCAUGGGCUAUGAGAGCCUUGGUGCUUCUCAUGGUGCCUUUUGUGGCUUGCGGUAUUCUUCUCAUGCGCGGGAGACACCAAGACAUUUCCACCCUCCGCAUGAAAGGCAAUCAGAUCUCCUGCCCUCUGGCUUUGCCCCUUUCCGCCCGGGGGGCGAAUUGGCCGUCCAGCCGGCGGCAAAUCACACCUGA